AUGACCAAGUCAAUGAACCCAAUGGAGGCGUAUCGCCGCGAACAGAAGAAAAAAGAGCUAAAAAAGCAUCGAAUAGAGCGAAAGAAAGACAAAGAAACCAAGCUUGGCUCGAUGAAUCUGGCGGAAAUCAAAGAGCAGCUUAAAAAUCUCAAGCGCCAAGUAGCAGCCAAUCCAACGGACGGACCUUCGCGCAAGCGUAAACAAGAGCUAGAAGACACGCUGCGAGCAGCGGUUAAAAGGCAGAAAAAGAUAAUGGAGGUAAAACAGCAGAAGCUGACGGACGUCCUGCCCCCGCGACCAAUGAGUAUGACGGAGUUGACGGAGGGGAACAAGGACAAAUAUCAAAACCCAGAGAACUCUAUCUACUACCACCCGACAUUAAAUCCGUUUGGAGCGCCACCUCCAGGAAUGCCGCAGAGGUACCGCAAUACUCCGCCCAAACCGGUGGGUCUAGAUACAGGUGUAGCUCGCGGACAUCCGAGACAGGGACGUUCACAACAGCACAGAUUUCAAGACCAAACGCGACUUUCGAGAGCCGAUGGACGAUCUUCACCUGCAUCGAUGCAACCGCGUAUAAUGGCGAACCGGCCUGGGAAGCGGCCACCAUUGCCUCAAGGACCUUCGCCGCCGGGAACGAUUCAGGUGGCUUCUAGGCCACCACUACCGAUUGGAGCAAUUCUAGCACGACCGCCUCCUCCACCACCUGUAGAUGAUCAAAUUGCUGGUUCAAUAAUGUCUUCACCUCUGCGACAGCCGUGUGGGAUGUUUCCACCGCCUCCUUCUCAUCCAGAAAUGACCAUAGCUGUACAUGAACGGGAAACAAAGUGUAAUCAAGCUGAGGUCCAUAUGAACAAAGAUGGCGUUGUUGCUUUUUGUCCAACAACGGACCGGCUUGACGUUUACGACUCCCGCAUGGAAGGAGAGCAAGAAACGGAUGAAAAUCGUGCUAAGCAUGAUAAAAGUCGAUCGCAACUCCGCUCGCUUGUUCCUGUUGCUCUUCGUAAACAGCGUCAAGCAUUUGCCACUCCGAGCUCCAACGUUACCAGCCGUAGCAAGGCCACGGGUGUCCCCGCACCACAUCAUCCUCCAGCUCAUGUGGCUGGGCUUACAAUGUCGUCAGCUGGUGUCAUUUUGUUUUCACCCCCGUAUCCUACUACAACCGCAAUUAAAGCUUCGGUGUCGAAAGAGUUUGACACGUUUAUUGAGGAAACAAAGGAGCUGAUGUAA